GAAUUUUACACGGGCAAAAACCGAGCAAAAGCCCACCCGUUCAUUGCUAUCCCUACUUACAACCCGUCAAACUCAAAGGUGAAAUGUGAAAGCUUUUAACAGUGAAAAACUGAAAGUCACCGAAAACGCGACGGAGACUGGCUGGCAGCAGAAGCGAAAACGCUAAUGCUAAUAACUUUUAAUUUUGUUACCGCUGAUCAGCUCUCACCUCAACGGUCAAAUCUUCCUCUAAGAACCCUAAUUAAGGUUCUUCAUGCUUGGCAAAGUCUCCAUUCAGGAGUCCAGUAAAGCAUCAUGAAUUACCUUGUUGGAGUUUUCAAGCCGCCAUGUAAUAUUUUCGUUUCCUUUGCAGAUGGAAGAAGACGUGAGCAGGUUCCUCUAAAGAAGGAAAAUGGGAAAACAGUUAUGGUUGCUCUCUUCCAGAGCCAAGAAAAUAUUGUAGGAGAGGUAGUUAUAGAACCAAUACAUGGGAUGAAGGUUGAACAUAAUGGUGUUAAAAUUGAGCUCCUUGGUCAGAUAGAAUUGUAUUUCGAUAGAGGCAACUUCUAUGAUUUUACCUCUCUGGUACGUGAACUUGAUGUUCCUGGUGAAUUAUAUGAAAGAAAAACAUAUCCAUUUGAAUUUUCUACGGUGGAGAUGCCAUAUGAGUCUUAUAACGGAGUCAAUGUUAGGCUUAGGUAUAUUCUGAAAGUGACAAUCAGUAGAAACUUUGUCAGCAACAUUGUGGAGUACCAAGAUUUUGUGGUUCGCAACUAUACUCCACCUCCAUCAAUCAAUAACAGUAUUAAGAUGGAAGUGGGGAUUGAGGAUUGUCUACACAUUGAAUUUGAAUACAGUAAAAGCAAGUAUCAUUUGAAGGAUGUCAUUAUUGGAAAAAUAUAUUUUCUUCUAGUUAGAAUUAAGCUAAAAAAUAUGGAGCUUGAGAUCAGACGUCGAGAGUCAACUGGAUCAGGGCCUAAUACAUAUGUUGAGACAGAGACCCUUGCAAAAUUCGAGUUGAUGGAUGGUGCUCCUGUAAGAGGAGAAUCGAUUCCAAUCAGACUUUUCUUAAGUCCAUAUGAACUGACACCAACGUACCGCAACAUCAAUAACAAAUACAGUGUGAAAUACUAUUUGAAUCUUGUUCUAGUGGAUGAAGAAGAUCGACGGUACUUCAAACAGCAAGAAAUCACUAUGUACCGACUUCUCGAAGCUUCAUAAUUUUUCUUUCAAAGCCAGGUGAGUUCCGACAUUUAAAGGUGAGAAAGAAGAGCAGAAUACUUUAUGGUACAUUUACUGGAACUCUUUCUGGCUGUCAGAUAGAAGAUUGUAUGCUAAAAUCUCUGGCCUUGUUCCUCUGUUAUCUGCAUUCUAAUGACUCUAUCUUUGGAGUUCAUUAAUUCAUCAAGAACCAAUGGAAUGACAAGUAAUUACUAAUCUGUGUACUUUGAGCUUGCUGAUGAAGUCUUGGGCUAUUUGUAUGAAUACAUGCAGUGGUUUUUGCGAUGGCAUCGGCAUCGUAUCUCAGUCUGGUUUAUGUUUAUGCAUCAUGUAUUUUCCUUUCAGUGAAAGAAAAUGGGUUAUGUGUUCCAUUGUUUGGCUGUUGGCUUGUUCAGCUGUUCAGAAAGUUGGCUUGCAUGGUGAAUUUUAGGUUUUUUAUUUUUUUUUCAGUUUUUUAAUGUUUAUUUGUGAUGAACAUAAUUUGCCGUACCCCUGAUGUAUGUCACCAUAUGUAGGAUUUCAUGCGCCAGUUUUUUUUUUUUUUCU